GAGGCAAAGGUGUCACACAUGAAACAAGCACAUUUACGUAAUUAUUGUCCACGCUAAAACAUUUUGUUUUUCUUCUUCCCAUUCUGUCAUCGUUUUCGUUUCUUCAAACCGCCCGCUUCUGUUGGCCUCUUUCACAAAUCGAUCCGAACAAACACCACAGUACCAAACCCUAACUUCAUUUCUUCAGCUCUCCGUUUCAUACUCUUCAAUGCCGCUACCUCUACGCCGAUCAUCCACUUGAUUUCCGUCUCCGGUUUAUACUUGAUCAAUCACCAUGUUCGAAGCUCAUGUGUUGCAUUUGCUUCGAAGAUACUUGGGUGAAUAUGUCCAUGGACUCUCAGUAGAGGCAUUAAGGAUCAGUGUCUGGAAAGGUGACGUUGUCCUCAAAGAUUUGAGAUUGAAGGCGGAAGCACUAAAUGCUCUGAAACUUCCUGUUACUGUAAAAGCUGGUUUUGUUGGUACUAUAACAUUAAAGGUUCCAUGGAAAAGUUUAGGUAAAGAACCUGUGAUUGUUCACAUUGAUCGUGUUUUCAUUCUUGCUCAUCCUGCUUCUGAUGGCCGGACUCUUAAUGAGGAGGACAGGAUAAAACUUCUUGAAACCAAAGUUCAACAGAUUGAGGAAGCGGAAUCUGCAAUCCUUGAAGCAAUAUCUAGGUCAAAGUUGGGAAAUUCUUCUGCUGGAAAUUCAUGGCUAGGUUCUUUAAUCGCCACUAUAAUCGGAAAUCUUAAGAUUUCAAUUAGCAAUGUGCAUGUCAGACUUGAGGAUGCAGUCAGUAAUCCAGGGCAUCCAUUUUGUUGUGGUGGUACCUUGGCUAAAUUGGCAGCUGUUACAAUGGAUGAGCAGGGGAAUGAAACAUUUGAUACCAGUGGUGCUCUUGAUAGGUUGCGGAAGUCAUUGCAACUUGAGAGACUUGCUGUUUAUCAUGAUUCUAACAGCCUUCCCUGGAAGAUAGAUAAGAGAUGGGAAGAUCUCAGUCCCAAGGAAUGGAUUGAGAUAUUCGAAGAUGGUAUAAAUGAACCGUCUGUUGGCUGUGAUGUGGUGUCUAAAUGGGCUGUGAACCGUAGCUACUUACUUUCUCCAAUCAAUGGAGUCCUCAAAUAUCAUCGUCUUGGAAAACAAGAAAGAGUUGAUCCAGAAACUCCAUUUGAGAAGGCUUCUCUUGUUUUAACUGAUGUCUCGUUAACAAUUAAAGAGACACAGUAUCAUGACUGGAUAAAACUUCUGGAAGUUGUUUCAAGAUACAAGACGUAUAUUGAAAUUUCUCAUUUAAGACCCGAUAUGCCUGUUUCAGGAGGUCCUCAUAUAUGGUGGCGUUAUGCUGCUCAAGCUGUCCUGCAGCAGAAGAAAAUGUGCUACCGGUUGUCAUGGGAUCGAAUACAACACCUUUGUCAUCUCCGUCGCCGUUAUGUCCAGCUGUAUGCUAGUUCACUACAACAGUCAUCUUCUGCCUACAUAUCAGAGCUUAGAGAAAUGGAGAAAGAUCUGGAUUCCAAAGUUGUUCUUCUGUGGAGGUUACUUGCACAUGCUAAGGUUGAAUCUGUAAAAACGAAAGAAGCUGCUGAACAGAGGAGGCUUAAAAAGAAUAGCUGGUUUUCAUUUAGUUGGCACACAAACUCUGAAGAUUCAAGUAAUGUGGCUGUUCCCGAGGGAUCACCGUUAACAGAAGAAAGACUCACUAAAGAAGAAUGGCAGGCAAUCAAUAAUUUACUAAGUUACCAGCCAGAUGAGGAGUCAGUGCCACACAUAGGAAAGGACAUGCAGAAUAUGAUUCAGUAUUUGGUGACUGUAUCCAUCAGGCAGGCUGCAGCCAGGAUCAUCGACAUAAAUCAGACUGAGAUUUUUUGUGGUAGAUUUGAGGAACUUUUUGUGUCAACGAAGUUUAAAAACCGCAGUACCCAUUAUGACAUUUUGUUGAAGUUCUAUGGUUUAUCAGCACCUGGAGGUUCACUUGCUCAGAGCGUGUCCAGUGAGCAAAAGGUGAAUGCAUUAUCAGCUAGUUUUGUACAAUCACCAGUUGGGGAGAACGUUGACUGGAGGUUGUCGGCAACUAUUUCUCCUUGCCAUAUUACUGUUUUUAUGGAAAGUUUUGAUCACUUUUUUGAGUUCGUGAAGAGAAGUAAUGCAGUUAGCCCUACAGUUGCGUUAGAAACUGCGAAUGCUUUGCAGAUGAAGAUUGAAAAAGUGACUCGUAGAGCACAAGAGCAAUUUCAGAUGGUAUUAGAGGAACAGAGAAGAUUUGCCCUGGACAUAGAUUUGGAUGCUCCGAAACUGAGGGUUCCAAUAAGAACAACUGGCUCUCCGAAAUGUGAUGUGCAUUUUCUUUUGGAUUUCGGCCAUUUUACCUUACACACUGCGGAAAGUCAGGCCAAUGAACAAAGACAGAGCUUUUAUUCUCGUUUCUACAUCUCUGGAAGAGAUAUUGCUGCUUUCUUUACAGAUUGUAAUUCUGACUGUCGUAACCCCACAGUGGCUGCACAAAAUAACGGUAGUCAGUCAACAUCUUGCAUACCUGAGACAAAAGGCAAUUUUUAUUCUCUGAUUGAUAGGUGUGGAAUGGCAGUAAUUGUUGAUCAGAUCAAAGUACCACAUCCGAGGUACCCAUCAACUCGCAUGUCUAUUCAAAUUCCGAAUCUUGGCAUUCACUUUUCGCCAGCAAGAUACUGUAGAUUUAUGGAAUUGUUGAACAUGCUGUAUGAUACUAUGGGAAACUAUGGUCAGUCAGCUGUCGAUAAUUUUCAAACUCAGUUUGCCCCUUGGAGCUCUGCAGAUAUUGCUACUGAAGCUAGAAUCCUUGUGUGGAAGGGGAUUGGAAAUUCUGUGGCUGCUUGGCAGCCCUGUUUUCUUGUGUUAUCUGGGUUGUAUCUUUAUUCUAUGGAAUCUCAAAAGUCGCAGAGCUACCAGCGAUACUUGAGCAUGGCUGGUAGACAGGUAAAUGAGGUUCCUUUGUCAAAUGUUGGUGGUUCCCCGUUCUGUAUUGCUGUGUGUUCCAGGGGAAUGGACAUUAAACAGGCAUUGGAAUCUUCUAGCACCUGGAUUUUAGAGUUUUGCAAUGAGGAGGAAAAAACUAUAUGGUUCAAAAGACUUUUACAAUCCACCUAUCAAGCCUCUGUUCCUCCUUCAAUUAAUUUACUUGGAGAGGCAAGCAACUUUGCAGCCGAGUUUGGUGAACCUCAGACUCCAAAAAUGGAAACCGCUGACCUAGUCAUUAAUGGGGCUCUAGUGGAGACGAAGUUAUGCAUAUAUGGAAAGCCGACUGGAGAUGAAGUUGAGAAGGAAGUCGAGGAGACAUUAAUUAUUGAGGUUCUUGCUGGUGGUGGAAAGGUGUAUAUGACUCGCUCAGAAAGUGAUCUGACGGUCAAAAUGAAGUUGCAUUCUUUGAAAAUUAAAGACGAACUUCAAGGCCGUCUGUCUUCAAGUCCACAAUAUUUGGCGUACUCUGUGCUGCAGAAUGAUAAGACACCUGCAUCUCCUAGUGUUAUUGAUCCCAAGGGAAGAGAUAUCUCUGCAGUGCCUCAUGAAGAUGAUGAUACUUUUAAGGAUGCUUUGCCUGAUUUUUUGUCUGUAUCAGAUCCUGGCCUUUAUUCACCACGGACGGAAAUGUCUAUGUAUGGAAUUAUGAGAGAUAUGAGCGAGUCGUCUGACUUUGAGUGUGCCGUAGCCUUAAUUCAUGAACAGGAUCUAUUACAAGGAAAGAGCAUUUCUAAUGAAAUAUUUUAUGAGGCACAGGGUGGUGAAAAUCUGGAUUUUGUAUCUGUUAUUUUUUCAACAAGGUGUUCUUCUUCACCUGAUUAUAAUGGUAUAGAUACACAGAUGAGUAUUCGCAUGUCAAAACUAGAGUUCUUUUGCAACAGACCUACUCUUGUUGCUUUAAUUGGUUUUGGCUUCGAUGUAAGUUAUGCGAGUCCUGCUCAAAGUAGCACAGACAUGGCUGUAAUAUCAGAUGAUAAAUAUUUGACCAACAAAGAAAAAACUGAAGACAGUGGUCGUGUUAAAGGGUUGCUGGGCUAUGGUAAAAACCGAGUUGUGUUUUAUUUAAACAUGAAUGUGGACAGUGUCACUGUCUCUCUCAGCAAAGAGGAUGGCUCUCAGCUUGCUGUGCUUGUGCAGGAACGUUUCCUGUUGGAUCUUAAGGUUCAUCCAAGUUCUAUUUCUAUUGAAGGCACGUUAGGGAAUUUCAGACUACGUGAUAUGUCACUUGGAAAAGAUCAUUGUUGGAGUUGGCUUUGUGACAUACGUAAUCCUGGGAUUGAAUCCCUGAUCAAGUUCAAAUUUAGUUCUUAUAGUGCUGAUGAUGAUGAUUAUGAAGGAUAUGAUUAUAGUUUGAGUGGUCGACUAUCUGCUGUACGCAUUAUUUUCCUCUACAGGUUUGUCCGAGAGAUGAUGGUAUAUUUUAUGGAACUUGCAACCCCGCAUACUGAAGAAGCAAUUAAACUUGUUGAUAAAGUUGGAGGGUUUGAGUGGUUGAUUCAGAAAUAUGAGAUUGAUGGAGCUACUGCAAUAAAGCUGGACCUCUCCCUUGACACUCCAAUUAUCAUUGUGCCCAGGAAUUCUAUGAGCAAAGAUUUUAUUCAACUCGACUUGGGCCAGUUGGAAGUAACAAAUGAAUUCAGUUGGCAUGGCUGCCCAGAAAAGGAUCCAUCAGCUGUCCAUAUGGAUGUUCUUCGUGCUAAGAUUCUAGGAAUCAACAUGUCUGUAGGAGUUGAUGGUUGUUUAGGCAAGACUAUGAUACGGAAAGGAAAGGGACUUGAUAUUUCUAUCCGUCGCAGUUUGCGGGAUGUGUUUAGGAAAGUCCCAACAUUUUCUCUUGAAGUUAAGGUGGAUUUCCUUCAUGCUGUGAUGUCUGAUAAAGAGUAUAAUGUAAUUCUAGACUGUGUAUACAUGAAUUUAUAUGAAGAGCCAACGCUUCCUCCAAGUUUUCGUGGUAGCAAAGCUGGUUCAAAAGAUACUAUGCGGACGCUGGUAGAUAUGGUCAACAUAAAUAGUCAAAUGUUAUUUUCACAAACUGUCAACAUAGUAGCAGUUGAUGUGAAUUAUGCAUUGCUGGAGCUGUGUAAUGGCGUUCAUGAGUCACCUUUAGCUCAUCUUGCUCUGGAGGGUCUAUGGGUAUCAUAUCGCACAUCUUCAUUGUCAGAAACGGAUCUCUACAUCACUAUUCCUAAAAUUUCUGUCUUGGAUAAUCGUCCUGAUACAAAACCUGAAAUGCGUUUGAUGCUUGGAUCAUCUGCUGAUGCUACUAAACAAGCUUCUGGUGGGAAUUUACCACAAUCUCUGAACAGGGGCAGCUUUAGGAGGAUGCAAUCUCAAUCUGGAAGUGGCAUGGAUCCACCAUGUUCAACGAUGUUCUUGAUGGACUAUAGAUGGCGACUUUCUUCCCAAUCAUGUGUGAUUAGGGCGCAGCAGCCCCGUGUACUUGUGGUGCCAGAUUUUCUUCUAGCCGUGGGGGAAUUUUUUGUGCCAGCAUUGGGGACUAUAACUGGAAGGAAUGAAACAAUGGAUCCUAAGAAGGAUCCCAUUUGUAGAAGCAAUAGCAUAGUACUCUCAGACUCUCUUUAUAAACAGAGUGAAGAUUUGGUGCAGUUGUCACCAAGUAGACAGCUAAUAGUAGAUGCCAAGGGUGUUGAUGAGUAUAUAUACGAUGGAUGUGGAAAGGUAAUCUGUUUAAGUGAAGAAACCAAUAUGAAGGAACACCUUUCAGUGAGAUAUCGACCAAUUGUAAUAAUUGGAGGUGGUAAGAAGUUGCGGUUUGUUAAUGUGAAGAUUGAGAAUGGUUCCCUUUUGAGGAAGCAUGCAUACUUGAGUAACGACAGCAGUUACUCAGUAUCUGUUGAGGAUGGUGUUGACAUUUUGUUGGUAGACAAUUCAUCGCCUGAUGGUGACAAAAACAGUAUGGACAUUGGUAAAUCAUCAGACAUUUUGAAUUUCUCAGAUUCUCAAAAUCAAUCGCAUGAAGUGCCGAGUUUCACUUUUGAAGCACAGGUUGUUUCUCCUGAGUUUACCUUUUAUGAUGGUACCAAAUCUUCAGUGGAUGAUCUCUCAUACGGUGAAAGGCUUCUGCGCGCAAAAUUGGAUUUCAGUUUCAUGUAUGCAUCAAAAGACAAUGAUACCUGGGUCCGAGCCCUUGUGAAGGAUUUGACAGUUGAGGCUGGUUCUGGGCUCAUGAUUCUCAGUCCAGUGGAUAUUUCAGGGGGAUACACUUCAUUGAAGGAGAAAACAAAUAUCUCUGUGAUUUCUACAGAUAUAUGCUUCCACCUUUCCUUGAGCACCAUUUCUCUUAUACUUAACUUGCAGAAUCAUGCAACUGCAGCAUUACAAUUUGGAAAUGCUACUCCCUUGGCACCUUGCAUCAACUAUGACCAAAUCUGGGUCUCCCCAAAAGAAAAUGGCCCUCGUAAUAAUCUUACUUUCUGGAGACCUCAAGCUCCGUCAAAUUAUGUUAUAUUGGGAGACUGUGUGACAUCAAGGUCAAUUCCUCCUUCUCAAGCAGUAAUGGCAGUAAGUAACACAUAUGGACGUGUGAGAAAGCCUGUUGGAUUCAAUCUCAUUGCCUCAUUGUCUGGAAUGCAAGGAUUUGGGAAUGACACCCAUUCUGAUUCUGGUUCUGAUUGUUCUCUUUGGAUGCCUGUUGCACCAGAAGGAUAUACAGCUCUGGGUUGUGUGGCACAUAGAGGAAGAGAAUCACCUCCAAGUCAUAUUGUUUAUUGUCUGCGCUCUGAUCUUGUGGCAUCCUCGGCAUAUUCAGAAUGCAUAUUCAAUGUGCCACCAAAUUCUGUGUCCACAUCUGGGUUCAGUAUUUGGCGCAUGGACAAUGUAAUUGCAUCAUUUUCUGCCCAUUUAUCUACUGAAUCACCUUCCAGAAUAAGCUGUUGCAACCUGAGUCAUCUUCUUCUUUGGAAUUCUAUUCGGCACCAUUCUUUGUCUAAAGAAACUGCAUCAGAUUUGGCUCUCAACUAUGAUCAUAAAAGUCGGCAAACAGCCAUCGAGAGCGACAACUCAUCUGGAUGGGACAUAAUCCGAUCAAUUUCAAAGGCUUCUAAUUGUUACAUAUCAACUCCAAACUUUGAGAGGAUAUGGUGGGACAAGGGUAGUGAUGUAAGGCGACCUGUCUCAAUAUGGCGACCUAUUGCACGUUCAGGUUAUGGUAUUCUAGGAGACUGCAUUACUGAAGGCUUGGAACCACCUGCUCUGGGCUUAGUUUUUAAGGCUGAUAAUGCUGAAAUCUCUUCAAGGCCAGUGCAGUUUACCAAAGUUUCUCAUAUUGUGGGGAAGGGCAUUGAUGAAGUCUUUUUCUGGUAUCCAAUUGCUCCUCCUGGUUAUGCUUCACUAGGAUGUGUUGUCACUAGAACAAAUGAAACACCUAGAAUUGCUUCAUUGUGCUGCCCAAGGAUGGAUCUCGUUAACCAAGCAAAUAUUAUUGAGGUGCCCAUUUCUAGAUCUCCAAGUUCCAAGACAUCUCACUAUUGGAGCAUUUGGAAAGUUGAAAAUCAGGCAUGUACUUUUCUUGCUCGCUCGGAUCUUAAAAAACCAUCAAGCCGGUUGGCAUUUUCUAUUGGUGAUUCUGUGAAGCCAAAGUCUCGGGAAAAUAUAACAGCUGAGCUGAAGCUAAGAUGCUUCUCUGUAACUGUUUUAGAUAGCUUAUGUGGAAUGAUGACACCUCUGUUUGACACCACAAUAACCAAUAUCAAACUUGCAACACAUGGUCGCCUAGAAGCAAUGAAUGCUGUACUCAUUUCCUCUAUUGCUGCAUCAACUUUCAAUGCGCAGUUAGAAGCAUGGGAGCCACUUGUUGAACCUUUUGAUGGAAUUUUCAAGUUUGAAACGUAUGAUAACAAUGUGCAUCCACCAUCUAAACUUGCAAAGAGAGUACGUGUUGCUGCAACCAGUAUCCUAAAUGCAAAUAUUAGUGCAGCCAAUCUUGAAACUUUUGUGGGAACAAUUCUUUCCUGGAGAAAACAGUUAGAGUUGGAUCAGAAAGCAAGAAAGCUAAAUGAGGACGCUGACAGUCAUCAUAGGCACGAAGAGGAUCCAACUUAUUCUGCUUUGGAUGAAGAUGAUUUUCAGACUGUAACAAUAGAAAAUGAACUUGGGUGUGAUAUUUAUCUGAAAAAGGUGGAGGGGGAUGCGGGCGCAGUUGAAAAACUACAUCAUUGUGGUUGUUCUUCUGCAUGGAUUCCACCUCCAAGAUUUUCUGACAGGUUGAAAGUUGCAGAUGAAUCUAGGGAAUCACGAUGCUACGUUGUUAUCUACAUACUAGAAGCUAAGGGUUUGCCCAUCAUUGAUGAUGGCAAUAGCCAUAACUUCUUUUGUGCUCUACGCCUUGCUGUUGAUAGUCAGGGAACAGAUCAGCAAAAGCUAUUUCCUCAGAGUGCAAGGACGAAAUGCGUGAAGCCUAUACUUUCAGAAGUAAAAGAGCUUAUGAAUGGCACUGCAAAGUGGAAUGAACUUUUUGUUUUUGAAAUUCCUCGUAAGGGGAUGGCUAAGCUAGAAGUGGAGGUAACAAAUCUUGCUGCAAAAGCCGGAAAGGGUGAAGUUUCUGGCGCACUCUCUUUGCCUGUUGGACAUGGAACAGGCAUGCUAAAGAAAAUGGCCUCAUCAAGGAUGUUAUAUCAAUCAAAUAGUGGCGAGAAUAUUGUGUCACAUCCUUUAAGAAGGAGGAUCCAGAAAGAUAGUAUUGAAGUGUUGCAUGACUGCGGUAGCCUGCUAGUUUCUACUACUUAUUUUGAGAGGAAUAUGGUAUCAAACUUACCUAGAGAUAAAGAUGCUGAGAACUCGAAUCACAGAGAUAUAGGUUUCUGGGUUCGUCUUCGCCCCGAGGGUUCAUGGGAGGGUAUUCGUUCAUUACUUCCGCUGUCAGUGGUCCCCAAAUUGUUAGAGAAUGAUUUUGUUGCCAUGGAAGUGGUCAUGAAAAAUGGCAAGAAGCAUGCAAUUUUCAGGGGUCUUGUGACUGUCGUGAAUGAGGCAGAUAUUCAAUUGGAUAUUCUUGUAUGUCAUGCCUCUUUGGUUUCCUCUUCAGGGAGAAGCAACAUGAACACUGUGAUAGAAGAGAUCUUUGAAAACCAAUAUUAUAGUCCUAUUUCUGGUUGGGGUAACAAGUGGCCUGGCUUUAGAAGUAAUGAUCCAGGACGAUGGAGCACCAGGGACUUAUCAUAUUCAUCUAAUGACUUCUUUGAACCUUCCCUUGCUUCUGGAUGGCAAUGGACAUCUGCAUGGAUUAUUGAUAAAUCAUCCCCUGUUGAUACUGAUGGCUGGACAUAUGGGCCUGAUUUCCACAUCUUAAAGUGGCCCCCAACUUCAAAGUCAUGCACAAAAUCUUCCGUUGAUGUUGUGCGACGCAGGCGUUGGAUUCGUAGGAGGCAACUACAAACUGGGCAGGGAUUGAAUAGCAUGAAUGACAAAUUAAUUUCCAUAAAUCCUGGAUCAUCAGCUGUUUUACCAUGGAGAAGCACAUCUAAGGAUUCGGACCAGUGCGUACAAGUUCGCCCUUAUGUUGAUCAAUGUCAGCCUGCAUAUUCAUGGGGACAGACAGUUACUUUUGGAUCUGGAUAUGCAUUUGGGAAGGAGCAGGCUUUUGCUGAUCAAGGCUUGCUUGCCAGACAGAAUACAUCGAGGCAGGGCACUAAAGCGCCUGAUGCUUUUAAGUUGAACCAGCUUGAGAAGAAGGAUGCUUUAUUUUGCUGUUCCCCUGGUACUGGAAGUAAACAGUUUUGGCUUAGCGUAGGUGCUGAUGCAUCAAUUCUUAACACUGAAUUGAAUACUCCUGUUUAUGAUUGGAGAAUUUCUAUUAGUUCUCCAUUGAAAUUGGAAAACCAGCUUCCUUGCCCAGCUGAAUUCACAAUUUGGGAAAAAACAGACGAUGAAGGUUGUAUUGAGCGACUAAAUGGUAUUCUCUCUUCACGUGAGAGCAUGCAUGUAUAUUCAACAGAUAUUUACAAGCCUGUUUAUCUCACAUUAAUUGUUCAGGGUGGCUGGCAUCUGGAAAAGCAGGAUCCUGUUCUUGUUCUGGAUCUUCCUUCCAGUGACCAUGUCUCAUCAUUCUGGAUGGUACACCAGCAAAAUAAAAGGAGACUGCGUGUGAGUGUUGAACGAGAAAUGGGAGGAACAAUUGCUGCACCAAAAGUCAUUCGGUUUUUUGUGCCAUAUUGGAUAGUAAAUGAUUCGUCUUUGCCACUGGCAUAUACAAUUGUAGAGAUUGAGCCUAUGGAUGAUGCAAAAACACAAUUAAAAAAUUCCUCAAACUCAAUGGAAAGGAAAUUUUUUGGUGCUAAGCGAAAUAUUCAAGUACUUGAAUUUAUUGAGGAUACUACCCCCCUACCUACCAUGUUUUCUCCGCAAGACUCUGCAGGUCGCAGUGGGCUUAUAAUGUUCCAAUCCCAGAAAGACUCUUAUAUGUCACCACGAGUGGGCCUUGCGGUUGCUGUUCGUCAUUGUGAGGUCUAUAGUCCUGGGGUUUCUCUUCUUGAGCUUGAAAAGAAGGAGAGGGUUGAUGUCAAGGCAUUUAGCUCAGAUGGAUCCUACUACAAGCUUUCAGCUCUACUUAAGACCUCGGAGAGGACUAAGGUUGUUCAUUUUCAGCCGCACACAUUGUUUGUGAAUAGAGUAGGUUGCAGUAUCUGUCUACGGCAGUGUGAUUCUCAGUUGUUGGAAUGGAUUCAUCCUACUGAUCCUCCAAAAUCAUUUGGAUGGCAGUCUUCUGCCAAAGUAGAGCUAUUGAAGUUGCGGAUGAAUGGAUUUAACUGGAGUACUCCAUUUAGCGUAAGCAGUGAAGGCAUGAUGCGAAUUUCUUUGACGAAAGACACCGGAGGCUAUCAAAUUCAGUUGAGAGUACAAGUAAGAAGCGGCACAAAGAGCUCACGCUAUGAAGUCAUCUUCCGUCCAAACUCGUCAUCCAGUCCUUACAGGAUUGAAAAUCGUUCUAUGUUUUUACCCAUCCGCUUUCGGCAAGUGGAUGGUUUCAGUGAUUCAUGGAAGCUUCUUCUACCUAACGCAGCAGCUUCGUUCCUAUGGGAAGAUCUUGGUAGGCGGCAACUGUUGGAACUCUUUGUAGAUGGGACCGACUCAUCAAAAUCAUUGAUAUACAAUAUUGAUGAGGUUUCUGAUAAUCUGCCCAUCCAUAUGGGUGGAGGACCUACUAGAGCUUUGCGUGUUACUAUUAUGAAGGAAGAAAAAAUGAAUGUGGUUAAGAUUUGUGAUUGGUUGCCGGAAAAUGAACCUACCGCUUUUUUAAGCAAAGGUGUCCCAUUGCAGUUGUCACAUACCGGUGGAAAUGACCCUCAACAACAGCAAUUGUCAUCCACUGCAGAUUGUGAAUUUCAUGUUGUUAUUGAGCUGGCUGAGCUUGGAAUAUCUAUUAUAGACCACACACCAGAAGAAAUCUUAUACUUGUCGGUGCAGAACCUUCUCCUAUCUUAUUCUACUGGCUUGGGUUCGGGUUUAAGUAGGUUCAAAUUGAGAAUGCAUGGAAUACAAGUGGAUAAUCAGUUGCCGUUAACCCCAAUGCCAGUUCUCUUCAGGCCACAGAAAGUUGGGGAUGGAACCGAUUAUAUCUUGAAGUUCUCCAUGACAUUGCAAUCAAAUGGCCCCUUAGAUCUAUGUGUUUAUCCAUAUAUUGGGUUCAGUGGACCUGACAGUUCUGCUUUUCUAAUAAACAUUCAUGAGCCCAUUAUCUGGCGACUUCAUGAUAUGAUCCAGCAAGUAAAUCUCAGUAGGUUACGCGACGAACAAACCACUGCUGUUUCUGUUGAUCCAAUCAUUCAAAUUGGUGUUCUGAACAUCUCAGAAGUUCGAUUCAAAGUGUCAAUGGGUAUGUCUCCUGGUCAGCGGCCAAGAGGAGUACUUGGUUUCUGGUCAUCUUUGAUGACUGCCUUGGGCAACACUGAAAAUAUGCCAGUGAGGGUAAAUCAGAGAUUUCGUGAGAACAUAUGCAUGAGGCAGAGUGCUAUGAUUAGCAUUGCUAUUUCAAACAUUAAAAAGGAUCUUCUUGGUCAACCUCUUCAACUGCUCUCCGGUGUUGAUAUUUUGGGUAAUGCAAGCAGUGCACUUGGACAUAUGAGCAAAGGUGUAGCUGCCUUGUCCAUGGAUAAGAAGUUCAUCCAAAGUCGACAAAGACAGGAGACAAAAGGUGUAGAGGACCUUGGUGAUGUUAUCAGAGAGGGAGGUGGUGCUCUGGCAAAGGGUCUUUUUAGAGGUGUCACAGGCAUUUUAACGAAACCUUUUGAAGGUGCAAAAACAUCCGGCGUUGAGGGUUUUGUUCAGGGUGUCGGGAAAGGAAUAAUAGGUGCCGCUGCCCAACCUGUUAGUGGAGUUCUGGAUCUUUUGUCUAAAACUACUGAAGGUGCCAACGCUAUGAGAAUGAAGAUAACAUCAGCUAUAACAUCAGAGGAGCAACUCCUCCGAAGAAGACUUCCUCGUGGAAUCAGCGGUGAUAAUUUGCUUCGACCUUACAAUGAGUACAAAGCCCAGGGACAGGUUAUAUUGCAGCUGGCCGAAUCAGCUUCAUUUUUCAGUCAGGUUGAUCUUUUUAAAGUACGUGGGAAGUUUGCCUUAUCCGAUGCUUAUGAAGAUCACUUCAUGCUUCCUAAAGGAAAAAUUGUGAUGGUGACUCAUCGGAGAGUAAUGUUAUUGCAACAACCGUCCAAUAUUAUUGGUCAGAGGAAGUUCAGCCCUGUAAGAGAUCCGUGUUCAGUGCUGUGGGAUGUGUUAUGGGACGACUUGGUGACAAUGGAAUUGUCUCAGGGAAAGGACGACCAUCCAAAAGCUCCACCCUCAAGAUUGCUUCUUUACUUGAGGAGUAGAGGAACAGAGGUAAAAGAACAAACUCGUGUAAUUAAAUGCAAUCAUGAAACUGAUCAGGCUCGUGAGGUCUACUCUUCAAUUGAGCGAGCAAUGAACACUUACGGACAAAACGUAUCAAAGGAAAUGCCGAAAUAUAAAGUGAUAAAGCCAUACAUGCCUGGUGCAGAUGGUACCAAUCUUGAUGUGAUGUCAAGAGAAGCUUGGUCUCACCCACAGGUUCCUGUAUCAUUUCCUCUAUAUUCAACUUUUGGUAGCAGCAACCUUAAUUGAUGCGGUCUGUCAGCGGCUGUUGAUGAUUUGUGUUCAAGGGUUCACGAUACAAUUCUGCUUACAAAUGCAAGAGAGCUUUUGAAAGGGCAAUCCCAUGUAUGUUUAUUCAACACCAAGGAGGGAAAUGAUCCAGACCAAUAUAUAGGUGUAUAUUCAGGAAAUUCUGCAACCAACAAAAAGGGUCUUCCUGUGAAGUUGAAGCUGAACUUGAACUUAAGUGGAUGCUGAUUAAGUGUACAGGUGUAGACAAGAAGCAAAAAUAUCCAUAAUAGAUUUUUGUAGAAGACUACAAUUCAAAGUGUAAAUCAUGUGAGAUUUGAAUGAAGCUUUUUGGUAACUAAAGCUUGUACAGAAAAAAUACCUCUUACUUAUGUUUACAUGCAGUAUUUAGAAAUGUACAGUUUUUGAAACAUUCUUCGGCCUCCAGUACUACAUUGGGUUGUCAGCAGUGGCAGCGGAUUCUGAAUGUUUUCUAUAAGGUGUAAAAAUAUAAAGUAAUGUAUGUUGUAUUA